AUGGUGAUGUCAUCAGUGAAUGUGAAGAUGGUGUUGGUUGGGUGGGAUGGAUGGAGUACAGUUAUUGGUGUACUGGGCAUAAAGAAGAGGGCUCAGCACACAGCCCUGGGGGGAGGCAGUGCUGAGUUUGAGGGUGGAGAUCAGUUUGCUCUGCAGGUGAACUGGUGGAAUGAGGAGGGGAUGCAGUCUCUGAUGUGUCGGGAGACUAGCUGCUCAAGGCACUUCAUUGUGGAUGUCAGAGCUAUUGGUCUGUUGUCCUUGAGGCUGGCUAUGGCAGUUUUCUUGGGGAUGGGGAUGAUGGUGGCUGCUUUCAGGCACGAGGUGGUGCCCCCUCCUGGUAGGAUCACGUUCCUGUCAGUGAAACCAAACUCUGUGCUCCUGAGCUGGGGAUGUCCACAGGGACUGCAGGGGCCUAAGAUAUUCAGAGUAAAGUGGAGCUCUUCUAAUAAGGUGGAGGAUUUUAUGAUUGUCAAAGAUCUUCUUAGAAUGGAAAUAAGUAACCUUGGAAUUGGACAAAGGUACGAGUUCAGUGUGGCCACAGAGGAUGAUGAUGGCAUUUUAAGAAGUGAACCUCUGGCAAUACACACUGAAGACUGCUACAAGAUGUUCACUGACUUAACGCCAGAUACAGACUAUGUUAUCUCUGUCUCAACAGUCCUGAGCAAUCAGCUCAGUGAACGUAUCCCUAUACGUAUUCAUACAGAGCCGUGUCUUGGGGAGUUGCUCUCCAAGCUUGGACUUGCCGAGCAGUAUGAAAACAAGCUCACAAUAAGUACUGUCCUUGAAAUUAAUCAAAAUGAUAUAUCUGGUCACAAACCAGAAAGUGCAAACUCACUUCCAGAGGCAUUUGUGAAGAGGCUUAUUACAUUAGACACAAACACUAGAAGUGUCCACUGUCUGUCCCACAAUGUGGACACAGAUAAGAAGAAUGCCAUUAAUCCCCUGGACCUUUCAACAGCUAUCUUUCUCUGUUCAGAUGGUUUUCUUCAGCAGGACAUGGUUCUGAAAAUGUCUCUCUGCCAGUUUGCAGUACCCCUCUUGUUGCCAAACCAAGAACAGAGAGAAAUCACAAUGAUGCUGUGGUCCAUGCGUGAAAUUGUGCAGACCUUUAGCCCUUCCAUUCAGGCAUUCAGUAAGAUGAGCUGCGAAGAAAGAAUGGUGCUCUCCGAUGUACCUUUAGUGUCAUUUGUCAGGCUGGGGAGAACAGCCUUUUCCAAGUCUGAGCUGCUCAACCGCCUGUUCAGUAACAAUCAGCAUUACCAUGACACAUUCUAUCACCGAAACAUGGAGUGCGGUGAUGUCCCCAGGAAAAUAUCUGAAGGGCUGGUUGAAAUCACUUGGUAUCUCCCGUGUGGAAACAAGAAAAUAGACAAGUUCACUGAACCAGUGGCUGUCGCUAACCUGAGAGGAGACAUUAAGGCAUUUGACCUCCAGUUCUCAUUCCUCUGUCAAACAUCAGCAGCUGUUUAUGUCUUCUGUGACGAAUCUGAAGCUGACUAUUUCAAGAAUCUGGAAGGAAGAGAUGUAAAAGCAGAUGUCAUUCUGAUUAGCAGUGUACAGGGAAAAACCUUUACACUCAAAACAGUACAAGUCAAACCAAGCUUUAAGGCAACGAAUGAGAGCCAGAGAAGAAAGAACCCAAUGGAGCUGUUAGAACCCCUUCACAAAUCAAUCUCGAAGGUCUUAGAAAGCUCUCCAAACAAAGUGUCCAUAGCAAAUAUGGCCAAGACAGCUCGUGACUUUGGUAUUCUGGUGGAUGAGGACAGCGAUGAAUGUCAGAGUGCCAAAAAGAAUGUAAAUAAAGUCACCAGAUAUAUAACUGACACCUCUGUAUUCAAAGCCACUCAACUUCCUUCCCAGGGACAAGUCUGGAAAGCUAUUUCAUGGAUAGAAAAUGAGUACUGGAGGUUGCGAAACAAUAAAAGUAAAAACAAGGAAGACUACCGCGAAUCUCUGAAAACAAAGGAAAAGGACCUCAGACAGAAGCAGCAAAGAUUUGAGAAGUCACCUGCAAUGUCAGAUUUCCUUCAUGGGGUGGUCACCUCAGAAGUGCAACGCUACUAUUUCCUCAAAUGGUUGGAAAUAGAUCUGGAAAAUGUGUCCUGGGACCAUGUGUCACGUUUGCAGAAUCAAUACAAAGAAAUUUGCCAAAAAUUUCCCCAAGAUGAAGAAAAAAUUGCAGAUAUAGAUAAACAAAUUUCAGAUGUUUCAUUAUGUCUGAAGCAUUUUUUUCGAGAGUGUGGGCAGCUGUAUGAAUGCUCAAAUUCCCUUCCAGAACACAGCCGUCAAAGAAAAACCAUGGAAAAUCUACCUGCACUGCAUGCUCAGAUGCUGCUGGAUGGUUUUCCUGUAGAGCUUGUUGAUGGUGAUGCCUCAAACAUCCCAAUUAAAUGGAUCACUGACGUUCUCACCGAGCUCCACAACCUUAUGCAUUCCAGCAGUAAGGUAAAGGUCAUUGCAGUCAUUGGGUCUGAAAACUCUGGUAAAUCCACUCUGCUCAACAGCAUGUUUGGGGUCAGGUUUGCAGUGAGCAGAGGAAGAGGUACCAGAGGGGCUUUCAUCCAACUGAUUAACGUCCACAAAGACAUAAAGGUGGAGCUGGGCUGUGACUGCAUCAUGCUCAUUGACACUGAGGGACUAAAGCCACAUCAGAUGGUUGAAAAUGAUCACAGUCAUGAACGAGACAAGGAAGUGGCAAGCCUCGCUGUGGCUCUCAGUGACAUAACCAUCGUCAGUCUUGCCAAAGGGAAUUCCAGAGAGGAGGAUGUCUUGGAGAUAGUGCUUCAGGCUUUCACAAGAUUAAAAGACAAGGGUGAGAAGCAGUGUCAUAUUGUGUGUUCCAACAUGGCUGACUUACCUGCAGCUGAGAAGAGAAAAAGUAAUACAGUGCUAGUGCAACAGCUGAAUAAAAUCAUCCAAAAGGAUGUGAAUAUGAAGAAGGCCAACAUCACAAAGAUCUCAGAGGUGAUGAAGUUUGAUCCAGAAACAUGUUGCUGGAACAUUCCUCCACUUCGGUGUGGGACUCCACCUAUGGCUCCUGUUAGUGGUGACUACAGUAAGAUAGUGCACACUUUAAAGACACGGCUGCUAGGAGAUCUGAGAAAAAGCAAGGAAAGAGGUGAUCUGACACAGUUUGUCAAGAGGCUAGAAAGGGUCUGGAAGACAUUGUGA